AUGCCCCCACCCAGAAUAUUGGAACUUUGCAACCAAGACAGCAUGUACGGAAGAGUUCCUCUUGCGCUGUUGCUACUGGCAACCACAGCCAGUGCUGUACCCUGGUGGUAUGCCGACAUGAAGCCUCCAAUAGAAAGUCCCACCAACCAAGCUAGCAACCCGGGAGCUCAACCUAGCAACAACAACAACAAUAACAAAGGAUAUGGCUUCUUCUUUACCGCGCAGGCGCUAAGGCAGCGACCGGACGUCCGGUCAGUGAGAGAGGACAUAGAAGUCCAUGCCACACAGUGCUUAAACCAUCCAGCAUAUUACAGAGACAGAUGGGGUCUUGACAGUCUUGACGGGGUGGCAAACGACGACCAAUUUCGUAUUGAUGGUGACGGAUCUGGUGUAGAUGUUUACGUUUUGGAUACAGGUCAGUAUGACACAGCUUGGGGAAGGGGAGGGAGGACGGACAGACAGACGUGUGAAAAGCUCAGAAUCAAGACCAGUUUUUCUUCACAAGGUAUAAGGCGUGGACACAUCGCCUUUGAUGGUUACCACAGCCCGAGCACAGACCGAGUGGACUCCCUUCACUUCGACAGCUACGGCGGGGACGGGUCAGACGACAACUAUCACGGAACGAUGGUGGCCGGAUUUGUAGGCGCAAAUAUCUGGGGAGUAGCGAAGGAAGCUACACUUAUACCAGUAAAGGUUCUCAAUCGAUAUGGCAGCGGCUACAUGUCAGACAUAUUAGCCGGGCUAAAUUGGAUUCUCGAGCAAGUAGGGCCUACGGGGAGAAAUCGCCCCUCGGUCAUCAACAUGUCUUUAGGAGCGUCAAACCCGGGUCCCAGUUAUUUUGAUGGUCCUAUAGACGCUCUACGAGACAUGGGUGUCCUCACAGUGGUGGCAGCGGGGAACGAGGGGGUAGACGCUUGCUUAAGCGAUCCGGCUAAGGUGCCCUCCGCCAUAACCGUCGGCGCAGUGGACAAAUACAAUCACCUAGCCUCGUUUUCGAACACUGGAUCCUGUCUCGACAUCUUCGCCCCGGGGGUGUUGGGAUCAGGGACGUCAUACUCUGCACCACUUGUUGCUGGAGUCAUAGCCGCCUAUAUUUCAACGCUGUCUUCCACGCCUUUCACUGCGGCGUUUGCAAAUGAUGUAGAGGGUUAUAUCCUAACCAACGCCGCUCCUCUACUACAGGGCGGGUCACCUUCCUAUACUAAUAUGCUGCUUCGUACUCUCUGUACAUAG